UGGCGGACGACGGAUUGUUUGGAGAAUACGCCGCUGAGCUCUAUCACCGGUAUAUGGGAAGCAAUUCCGUGUACCUCUCGGACAUAUGUGUCCCUGAGGGACGCGCGGAGUUUGCUCAAUUAUAUGCUGAGUUUGAAGUGGGACUGCGGCAAUGCGACCAGAACACCAGAGAACAAUUCCGAAUCGUGUCCGAGCACGGAGACCACGUACACGUCGUGCACGCCUGCCCGUAUUCAAACUCAGCUUGUCGCUGUACGUGGCUCCGUCGCAGCGCCGUCUGGAGGUCGCGACGACGAACUCGAUUUAGACGACGAGUUUUCGUCGCUGACCUCAAGGUUGUCGACUGGGAAAACAUCGCUCGAUAUUUCGCUACAAAAGGACACGCAGUCCAAAACUGCCAAGGCACAUGUUAUGAUGGAAGACUACGUGUACGAACUCAAAAUGUACAAGAAGGAGGACAUACGCAAUUUGGAUCGGUCGCAGUGGUACACCCGUGUCCACGUGAAGGCGGUGGGCACGGUGAAGGCGAGCCACCCGACCAAAAAGAAGUUGGAUGGUUUAGUGGGCGACCUCAUGGCGGACCUGAAGACGAAACCGAACUUACGUAUGGAAAAAACCUUUUGUUAUGGCCAAAAACAUUAGAUCAGUUGCUGCUAUCCUAUCCUUGCUGUCCGCCAGACGCUUUUUUCCACAUAAAAGAGUUUUACGACAAUCCAAAGUUAAAUUUCCUCGAAGAUUCUUCCAAAAAAGUACGGGUCUCCCUGCGAAAUUGGUGCGCGCGUAUCGCCGUGUGGUCGAUUUCCGAUUUCGACAGAUUCUAUCAGACCCCCGGGGUUCACCCGUAUUUUAACGCGUACGCUCGCCAGCACGAUCAGGUAUAUUACGCCGUCGACGUUUCGGUAAAGAUCGCCAACGAUUUAUUGCAAUUGCAAUUUCAAAACGAUUCAGACACCAUCUUUAAAUUCCUCAAGGACGUACAUGACAUCUGUGAUAAAAAAAUACCGAAACGUAAUUCGAUGUGCGUAGUUAGCCCACCAUC